GCGCUAGAGCGCGCGCCUUUAAUAUAAUCUGUUAUAAAAUCGCGCGAUAAACUGCAACAAACAAAAUCAUAACAAAGUUAACUACAUAAAACCAUUCCAACCUCCAAUCGGGUCAUACUAUACGCAAUUGGCAACGCGUGCACAUCGGGUGUGAAAAAUAUAAAUAAAAAAAAACAAAUAUUGCAUGAAAUAAAAAUAAAUAAAAAAGUGGAGUCCGGUUCACGGUUUGAGCGGGGCAAAAUAAAACCAACUCCUUCUUGGCUGAAUGUACUGCCAAGGUUAUGAACCUUAGCUUCCGAACUAAAUAAAAAAAAGGUCUGCUAAGUGAUUUAUACGAAGAUAUCAGUUUGCCAUGUAGGUAAUGCACCUACGAUUGAAAGUGAUAGUUGUGUGACUUGUGUGCUAGAUAAGUGAAUGUAGCCGAUAUUUGGUAUAUUGAUAUUUUGCGGAGUCAACGAUUUAAGCUCCAAACUCAUUAGAAAAGAAGAUGGAGUUUUGGCGAUGGUGGACAGCUGCCACCCUGGGACUAGUCUGCUUGGUGAGCUCCCAAGACACAACCGUACCACCUGCACCAAUAGUAUACGAGCCAUCAUGGACAUACAAGUGCGUGCCAGACGAGGGGUGCCAUCGCUCCGCGCAUCCACAGCCCACCAGCUCAAACUCGUCCGGUAUGGUCUUCGCUAGUGUAGACCUCUGCAGAACAGUGUGCGGAAGGUUUGGUGGACUCUGGCCUAGACCUGUCACAGCAGCAAUUAGCAUGCAGACAGUCAGGAUACAUCCUAAUUUCUUGAGGUUCGAUCUCAGCAAUGCACCAGUGGAAACACGCGAGAUUCUGGUAGAGAUGACGCAUGUGACGACGCAGAACCUCAUCGACGAGUGCGAUGGAAAUGUUUCAGUGGUUGUCGAGACGCCGGUCGUGGUUUACAUAACAGUUAAGACAACCAAUCUUGACCUUACACUGGACACUCAAGAACAGUAUAGACUGGAUGUGCAGAGUAAAGAAUCCAACGCAGUGAUUCACAUAGUAGCAGAAACGGUUUACGGUGCUCGGCAUGCUUUAGAAACAUUCAGCCAUCUGGUAUCUUCAGACAAACUUGACGAUGGUGCCCAAUACAGGUGUGGGCUGCGAAUGGUCGCUGGGGCGAAGAUUUGGGACCAGCCUGUGUACAAAUACAGGGGUUUCCUUCUGGACACUUCGAGGAACUUCAUGCCCAUGGACGAUAUCAAGAGGAUGCUAGACGCUAUGGCAACUGUCAAAAUGAACGUCUUCCAUUGGCACGCUACUGAUUCUCAUAGUUUCCCGCUGGAAUCUAAACGCGUACCCCAGUUUACGAGAUACGGUGCAUACUCAGCAUACGAGAUAUACUCGGCGGAAGAAAUUCGGGAGCUUGUGCAAUAUGCGCGAGUGCGCGGCAUCCGUGUUAUCAUAGAGAUCGACUCGCCAGCUCAUACAGGCAACGGCUGGCAAUGGGGAAAGGAAUAUGGCUAUGGCGACUUAGCGGUGUGUGUGAAUGCGAAACAAUGGCGUGGUCUAUGCAUCCAGCCGCCGUGUGGCCAACUAAACCCUGCAAACCCCGCUAUGUACAGAGUCUUGCGAGAUCUUUACAAAGAUAUAGCAGAAUACUUGCCGAAGCCUGCUUUGUUCCAUAUGGGAGGAGAUGAGGUUUAUUUAGGAUGUUGGAAUUCUUCCGAAGAAAUUGUAUCCUACAUGGAAAGCAAGAACUACGAUACAAGCGUGGACGGCUUCAUAAAAUUAUGGUCGGAGUUCCACGAAAAAGCACUUGAAAUUUGGGAUGAAGAAUUGUCAGAAAUUGGGCAGGAAGAUAAACAACCGGUGAUGCUUUGGUCUUCGGAACUCACACAAGCACAUAGGAUACAAAAACACUUGAGUAAAGACAGAUACAUAAUCGAAGUAUGGGAACCAAUAAACAGUCCACUGUUGGGCCAAUUGAUUCGUCUCGGCUACAAAGUGGUGUCCGUCCCUAAGGACAUUUGGUACCUGGACCAUGGCUUCUGGGGGAAGACCACAUACUCCAACUGGAGGCGAAUGUACGCUCACACGUUGCCGCGGGAUCCCCAUGUGCUGGGAGGGGAGGUUGCCGCGUGGAGCGAAUAUGUCGAUUCGCAAGGACUAGACACUCGGGUAUGGCCUCGUACAGCUGCAGUGGCAGAGCGUCUAUGGGCCGAUCCGAACAGUGGCGCCAUCGCUGCAGAAUCACGAUUGCAAAGGCUAAGAACAAGACUAGGCUCUCGAGGAAUUCGUGCUGAUGUACUGUCACCGCAGUGGUGCGCCCAACACGACCAUCAUUGUGUUUAGUUAUCACGGCCUCCACAAAAACCAAAGCCUUACCAGCAUUUUUUAAGACUGAAGCUCGAUCUAUCGGAACUAAAUCCAAUGUGAACCUUUUUGUUAUGUUUUGUCAAAUUUUCAUAUACCUGUUAUCCUAAUAGAAUUUAAUUUUAUAUUAAUUUUAGAGCAAUAUAUUAGAACACAUGACAAAAUGUCUCGAUAAUUAAUUAAUAUCUCCAAUGAGAUGUAUUUAGUAAUAGGUAAUGUAAAGUUAGUUACAAAAUGACACCAUAGAUUAAGUAGAAACAUAUUAUAAAGACAGUGUACUUUUUUGUAUAGCUAGCUUUGAGAGAGAUCUCAUAAUUUAAGAAAGUUAUUAAGUACUAAAUGCUUGCCACAUGCCUUUAAUGUGGUAGAAAAUGUUUAUUUAAACGGUUAUUCCUUGACAGAAUGGAAUUUCUCAGAGCAAAUUUUCAAGAUUAUUUAAAGAAGUAAGAUGGCUUACCAAAUAUUUUAUUUUAAUUAUAGAUUAGAAUAGAUUUAAGUUUAAUUUUAUAUGCCUCUAAUGCAUUAUGCGAAGUAGUAAUAAUACCUUAAAGACGGAUGUAAAAAACAAACGCUUUUAAAAGUAAUUUAUUAUUGUAAUGAUUGCCUUAUUAAGGCGAUUACAAUUGUUGCAUUUUUAGCAAAGGUUCUUUAUUGUUUAUUCUUGUAGCGAAAUACAGGUUUUAAUACGGUUGUAAACAGAUCCUAACAUAAAUUAAUAGCUUCAAAUCAUUUACAGCAAUCAACAGUGGAUAAAUUGGCACUACGUUAUUUAAAUCAGUUUAGAAUCUGUGUACACACAAUAUUAUCUACAUACACGAGAUACUGUGUUAUUAAUUUACUAUCGUCUAAAUGAAAUAAAAAGGAAUCUAUAA